AUGUCCAAAAUGGCAGACCCGUCGGUGGCAAACUUCGUCCUCCGCUCGUUCCUACCCCCCGAGGCCGUCGACUUCAUCCACAAGAACGCGCUGCACCCGUCGUCGCCGGUGCAGGUGGCGCGGCAGCACGUCGUGCUGGCGGCGUGCCGGGCCUUCGACGCGCUGUACCCGUACGUCGCGCCCGCGGUCGACGCGACGCUGGCCUUCCUGCAGGACUCGCCCGAGCUCGUGUCGUUCGGCAUCCUGCUGGCGCUGCUGGCCGCCACGGUCGUCGUGCUCAACUGGAUCCGCCGCGUCGUCGCCUUCUGGACCGCGCUGGUGCUCAGGGUGGCCUUCUGGGGCGCUGUUGUCGCCGUUCUCGCGGCCGUCGUGCAGAGGGGCGUGUGGGAGACGGCGAGGGACGCGGUGGUCGUCGGGGGCAAGGUUGUCGGGUUCGCGGCGGCGGUGAAGGAUGUUUGGGUGUCGGAGUACAGGAGGUACGAGGAGGAGACGCAGGUCCAGGGGAGGAGACACCGGUGA